UUCGUUAGAUAAUUACAGGGUUGGUUAUCAUUUUCUCGAAAAAGAUCAUUUUAUUCCGGAGUUACAGUGUUCUGCCUUGAGAAUUGUGUUUUUUUGUCUGCAUGAAACAUUUAGGCGCUGAAUGGGAUGUCAAUUGUCUCUUCAGCAAGGUCUGUAUUUGGCUGCAAACGAGCUAGGUUUUGACGAAGCUGAUUUGCAAGAAUGGCGUGUGAAAGAUCACCACAUUGAGUGCUUAGCCUUAGUUGAAGGGAAAUGGUUGCAAGAACUUUGUGAUGGUGUGUACACUAAGCCAAACAGUUAUUCUGGAACUUCAUAUGAAAGAUUUCUGUUACUUCAGAGAUCAAAUAAUGAAGUACCUAAGCCAUGGAAACGUGUAGUUCUGAAAAUCUACAAUAAACCAUUGCAGUCUUUUAGGAUUCCAAAAGUCCCAUGUGAUCGCAACUUUCCAUGCAGCGACACCUUUGCUGAUUUGAUGUCAUAUGUGUCAACGGAAAACUUCAAGAAUUAUUUGCUGCAAUCUUCAAAAAAAUACAGCAGUACACCACAGAAUGGUGAUGGAGAAAUUGAAGAGAUUUCCGGAGAGGACAUUCUACGGCGCUUUGCCAAACAUUUGUUCAAUUUGGAAAUCAUCAAGCUCGGCAAAGUGUCUCGUGACGAAUCCGCAGAUCUCAAAGUCAGCAAUUCCAACUCAGUGGAAAAGUUGCCUUCCAAAGAAUCGUUUGAGCCGUCAACUGAAAAAAGCUUCUCUGGUCUCUUGUCGAUUUACGGAAUACUGGAGAGCAAAAGCGCGUAUUUCGUUUUUGAGCCGCUCGCCCCUCAUUCGUUGCAAGACGUUGUUUGGUUCAGUCCUAGUGUCAUAUCGUCCACGAUCACGAAGCCUUUAUUCCUGUUGUAUCAAAUCCUUAAAAUGUUUGAAACGUUCCACGCUUUUGGUUAUUACUGUACGGUAAACAGCCUUCAAAAUAUAAUGCUUGGGAAUUGCCUUUGGCUUCAUUUAAGUGCGAGCAGUGCCAACGUCGGUGAUUUGACGCCUGAGACCAAGAAACCCACCAAAAGCGCGGAACAAGGUUCUCCGGUAAAACCCGAGUCGGACUCAAAAGAGAUCGGCGCUUGCGAGGUGUCGUCUCCAUUUCAAAAUUGCGGUCUACCAGAGUUAAUUGAUAUGUGGGUUAAGAAGGAAAUAAGCAAUUUUGAUUAUUUGAUGGCUUUGAACAAGCUAGCCGGACGCCGACUCGGUGACCCCAACUAUCACCCUGUGCUCCCUUGGGUCACAGACUUCACGUCACCCAGCGGCAAAUACCGUGAUCUGACAAAAUCGAAAUUUCGCAUCAACAAAGGCGACUUCCAGUUGGACAUCACGUUCAAAAACGUCGCAGAUUCAGAUGAAGACGUGACCGAGAAUCCGCCACAUCACGUCUCCGGAGUCCUUUCCGAGAUCACGUAUCACGUGUAUCUUUCACGUAGGACCCCGAAAAGCGUGCUCCAAAAACACGUUCGCGCGAAAUGGGAGCCAAACGAGUAUCCCGCGAACAUGCAACGCCUGCAAGAAUGGACUCCAGACGAGUGCAUACCCGAGUUUUACAGCGACCCUACAAUUUUCAAAUCAAUUCACCCCGAUCUGCAGGACCUUGGUAUACCGCCCUGGGCUAAAAGCACGGAGGACUUUGUACGGUUACAUCGCAAAGCGCUGGAAAGCGAGUACGUUUGUGCUCACUUGCAUGACUGGAUCGAUUUGACGUUUGGGUAUAAGUUGGUCGGGCUUCCUGCGGAAAAGGCGAAAAAUGUGUAUCUUCAUUUAGUUGAUCAGCAUCAGACGAUUAGCAGUCAUGGUGUGGUGCAGUUGUUCGAGCAACCGCACCCAAAACAACAUCGACAUCACGACAUGGUUUUGUAUCCAUCCAUGGUCAAUCUGGAAGAUGGCCUUGAACAUGAGAUGAGGGAUGUCUCCAACGAAGGUCAGCUUGGUUUCGUUGAAGAGGGCCAGGCAGAGUACACGUGCGAUGAGGUCUCACCAAGUUCAUGGGAUGAGCUUGAUUAUGACAUGAAAGUUGAAACGGAUUCAAAGAUCCCGUUGAGACGACAACUGACAUUUUGA